UCUUUGAUUAACAUUAGUGACAGGAGUCACAGCAGCACGUUUAAGAGCGUGGCCCCUUUAAGAGCUGUCUCAGUACGCAGAUCUGACCGUCACCGCACUCCAAUUUUCACAACUCUUUGCAUUCAUUUAAGAUUUUAUUUUACACUUUGAAGUCUAUCUUAAGAAAAUGUUAGACAAAACGGGCUUUCUGACAUAAUCUUGUAUGGUUUUAUCCGGAUGCGUUGUCUGACAGAGAUUCAGCGACGCAGCCUUCAGCCCGUGACUGUUUACACCAGACUGGACCUCGCGUUGCGUUUUGCCGCAUCCCACAGUUUAGAAGCUGUCUAUCUUCAUUGAACGCGUCAAAGCAACUGUUUAAAAUCGCCCUUAAGUGGUUUAAAAGCCUGUACACGAAUAAGAGCGUGAUUACAUAAUGUAACGCUAGACAAAGAAUGUCAAAACAAACGGAUGCUGCGUUAAUUGCGUUAAAUAUUUUCUCACGCGCUAAUUUGAAAAAAUUAAUCGCAUGCGUCAAUGCGUUAACGUUGACAGCCCUAAUAAAAACAGGUUUUGAACCAAAGAAAUAAAUGAUCUCUAAGAUUUCGCACCAUGUUAAAAUAAAGUUUAUCUUUACCACAGCUGCUUUACUUACCGUACUGCUGUAAGUACAGUUGACAGGUGGCACAAAUUAAAAGCAUUGUAUGUGUAAAUAUUUUCACUAAAUAUUGUUUCAUUGUGUCUCUAUUAGCCAGGCACCUCGCCUUCCCAAGGCUGGAGAAACAAUACAUGGAUACAAGUUUUUUAUCGGUUUUGGUGGUAAAGGUGCAAAUCAGUGUGUUCAAGCUGCAAGAAUGGGGGCCAAGACUGCCAUGGUGUGCAAGGUUGGAAAGGACUUUUUUGGGGACAACUACAUUCAGAAUUUCAAAAAUAAUGGCGUAUCAACUGCUUUUGCAAAGCAGACUGAAAAGGCUGCGACUGGAGCUGCCUCUAUUAUUGUAAAUGAGACAGGGGAGAACGCCAUUGUGAUUGUGGCUGGUGCUAACAUGCUGCUGGGCCAAGAGGACCUACAACACGCACAAUCUGCCAUCAUUACGGCCAAGGUGCUAAUCUGCCAGCUUGAAAUUAAUCCAGAUGCCUCACUACAUGCCUUGAGAAUGGCCAAGGAAAACCACGUGAAGACCAUUUUUAAUCCAGCUCCGGCUAUUGUGGAUUUGCAUUCUGAUUUCUACAAAGCAUCUGAUAUUUUCUGCUGCAAUGAGUCAGAGGCAGAGCUGCUAACAGGGCUGCCCGUUUCCUCAGUGGAAGAUGCCAGUCGAGUAGGCUUGGAUCUGCUACAAAAAGGCUGUGGUUCAGUCAUUGUCUCCUUGGGGCCACAGGGCUGUGUGGUAUGUCAGUCCAUAAAUGUGGCCCCUAAACUAGUCCCCACGAUCACUGUCACUGCUGUGGACACUACGCUUCACAUCAGCUUUAAUGCCAUGUGAUGAAAGGCCCUGUGGUGUGGCACUACAUGAAAAGAAAAUUUGCAUUUCUAAAAGGGCAAGUAUGCAGUUUCCUCCAACGUUGCUACCCACCCAUCUUAAGAUCAUUAAUCUUCUGACAUAAAUCUUCUGCAGAUGUCCAACUCUUUCAUGAUAAAGUGAUUCUAUCUGUAGCCUGUGUGUGCGUGCGUGCGUGCGUGCAUACCUACAGCACACACUUCAGAUAGACUGGGUGGCCCAUGCUCCUGCAUUUGGAGAUCACCCUUUUUCCGGGACCUUGCCUUAAAGCCAGACAACAUUGUUCGUAGUUGGUUCAGACAAUCCCAAUCAGCCAAAUUUCACCUCAAUGAAAAGAGACAUAGACGACCCACCACAGGGAUCUUUACAGGAGUCAUGCUGGGUAUUUACCAGAAAACACAGCUUUUCUCCUACCGACAAUGAUGUCAUUACACCAGAAGACUGUAAUAUGAACCCCACAAAGAAGAACCCACACUGAGCUGCAAUGGACAGGAGCAGCCAUUGUAAUGCCCGGUUCAGAUUAUUCUUUUAUGAUACCCAGUUACGUUGUGAUGACAUACCUGGACCAGAACAUAUUCUGCGCCACGACGUACCAAAUAAAGUUCCAGCGAUGUAACUUUGUGAUUCCCUCACAUUUUAUGCAUAAUUUUAGUAAUUUUCUAUUCAAAUAUGUAUUAGAAAAAGUAUAACGAUUAAUAAAACUUAACACAGCAAUGUUCAUCAGCAUCAGACAUUUUAUUUAGAUACUGAAGUAGAAAAUCAGACAUUAAAUGCCACAUGUGAAACCAAAAUUUACCUGUCUGCUUAUUGUUUACAAUUCAAUGGCGCACAUGAAAUAAUCAAACUGUAUUAACUUUGUUUGAAACGACUGUUAUUGGUUGACAAUGCCAGACUCAGACUUAUGUUUAACCCCUCCCCCUCAACCACAUAAAUCUGUUCUGGUAAGCAAUGAACACUUUACAAUCCACUCAAUUGCUAGUGCAAUACCACGCAGUCAUGCCAUAUAUUUAGUUGUAAUACAAUGUCUUAUUAAUGCAUCACAUUAUAUUAAACUGCAUUUUGGCUGGUUUUAUUCUGCAGCACUUUUACAUAUUGACUAUAGCGUGGUACAGAAAUUCUGGACAAAUUAUUAAUAUUUGGAUCUUAAAAAAUGUUCCAUAAUGUCUCAUAGUGAAAAUAAGUAGGCUUUAAAACAGGCCAUGGCCUUUGAGUGGCCACAUCCAAUAGUUUUGUCAUUUGACUGACAGACAGCUCUAUGUAACCUUUACCAGAAUGUGUAUAGCUCUGUUUUGAGAGUAAGAGAAGGGGAAGUGGCUGUCAUCACAACUAAACAUCAGGCAUCAGACCAAUGUUGUCAGAUGUCAGACUUGCUCAUGAAGGUUCACUGUGCAGUCUGAACAAAGUCUGCGGUUUUAAAAGUAAAAGAUAGUCCUAUAUUAUUGCAUAUUUUUUCAACAGUCCUGCAUCUGGAGAUAUUGUAAGGUAGCCGGUUGGUUCCUGUAAAAGAAAAGUGUAUGUUUGUCAAGCUUCAAAUUUUUCUCCUGACCAAUUGUAUAAUUACUCAGAAGAGCAAGAGAUUAUAAGAAUGAUAAAGAGUUGGGUUGAGAAGUUUAGUCAUUUGCCUAAACAAGGUGGAGACAUUACUUAAAACUUUCAAAGUCUUAAGACAGAGAAUUUUUCUAGAACUUUCCAGAACUGCAUCAUACAGCAGUGGUCACCAACCCUUCUCCUGGAGAUCGACCGUCCUGAAGAUUUCAGCUCUAACCCCAAUCAAACACACCUGAACUAUCUAAUCAAGGUGUUCAGGUUUGCUUGAUAAUGACAGACAGGUGUGCUGAAGCAGGGUUGGAGAUGCAGUCUGCAGGACAGUCGAUCUCCAGGAACAGGGUUGGUGACCACUGUCAUACAGUAUGUCCAACAUUAUCACAGCUGCUUUUCCAUUCACCCAAAUAGAAAAUGCUAAACUUGACCAAGGAGUAAUAUGAUUGCUUUGUUUUUUAUUUUUGUCUGUCACUAUAAUCAUUUGAAGAGUUUAGACAACUGCAGCCUUGGCCUUGUUGAUACAGUAUAUGUGCGCGCCUCCGCUCUGUGUUUGGCUAGUGCCUAAUAAUAUAACAGUUUAUAUUUCAUUUAAUUUAUAUUAAUAGUCAUGUAUAUUAUUAUUUUAUUGUAUAAUAAUUGUAUGAAAUAAACAAUUUGUUAAGUUGGUCCUUUAGUUUUAUCACAUUUAAAGAAACCAUAUGGGACAUUGACAUCUAGCGGUUGAGCUUGGCAUCGCAGUCCAAAUAAAAAAUAUUGGAGAGCCAAUUUUGGCCAAGUAAUGGUUCUUCUGUUUCUUUUGCUUGUUAUCAGAAAUAAUCUACAGGCUCUCUUAUUAAUUGUGAAUGUGUACCGGAAGUUAAGGGCAGUCCACAAACAUGCGCAUGCGCGUAACAUUUGUUUAUAUUGUCACUUUGAAACCGUCUAUAUGGUGAGAACCAAUAGAUAGGCCUAUCUCAGUCAAAGGUGUAUAAUAGACACUGAUAGUUAGGGAGCAUGCCACUGAGGUGAGUAAUCUUCUAGACUUGUAAAAAAACUGAUAUGAUGAUAUGAAAUUUGAGAGUAUCACCACAUUCCUCUGUGCUUUCCCAUCAUAGAUGUAAUACCCACCCCCACCAAGAAAAUCUUAGUCUACCCUCUGCAGGCAUGGUGAAAUAUGCCAGUACUUAUCAGUUUCAUUGAAAACUUGAAAAAAAUGGCCAUGGUGGCAUAGUACCAUUGACUGGAAAAAGAAACAAGUGAACAUUAAAGGAGUAGUUCACUUAAAAAUUUCAUGAUAAUUCACUCACCCAC